GCGCCUGCGCAGUACUUCAGUUGUUGUCAAGCGGUGGUUAUGGAGAUAAGGAGAGAAGGAGCGGUGGAACAGGGGAUGGUUCUGCGCACCGCCACUUGGACUCGGAUGCUGAUAUUUUGGGAAACGAUUACUUGUGUAGCGACAGAAAGUCCGCCAGGCAUUAGAACCGGCGAAGUGUUUCUUUUUUUGGCUGUGGAUAACUGUACUUGAGUCAGGGGGGAUUAUUGCGCUGACCUGAAGUAGUUCCCAACAUUUUCAGCUUUCCUGUCUCAGUGUCAAGGGCUUUAGAGCCCGGACCUGCAUCAUGCCCCACAAGCUUGGAUUUGUUGUAGUAAGUUCAUCUGGGCAUGAAGAUGGAUUUAGUGCCAAAGAGUUGAUGGUCCAUGCUCCCACUGUUAGUGGCUGGAGAUCCCCAAGAUUUUGCCAGUAUCCUCAAGAAAUCAUUAUUCAGAUGGUAGAAAGAUGCCGUAUUCGAAAGUUGCAGCUUCUGGCUCACCAAUACAUGAUUUCUUCCAAAAUUGAAUUUUACAUAUCUGAAAGCUUGCCAGAUUAUUUUGUUCCUUAUCAGUCGGAAAGGUACCGGAGAUUGGGUUAUGUAUCACUAUCCGAUAAUGAGAAAACAAGCUACAAAGCAAGAGAGUUAAAGUCUGUGUAUGUUGAAGCAGUUGGGCAAUAUCUUAAGCUGAUUUUUCACAAGAAUAAUUCAAACAGAUACAAUCUGUAUAACCAGGUUGCUCUCAUAGCUAUCAAUAUCAUUGGUGAUCCAGUAGACUUUAAUGAAGAAAACAAUAUGCCAUCAAGGGAGAAGCUAAUUGACCAGUAUCUGGGAAACAACUCCGAAGAAUCUGCACUUGAUGCUUCGAGCACAGGCAGGAAAAUAGAUUCAAUUUCUCCUCUUGAUGACUUGGCCUUUGACAUGUACCAAGAUCCAGAAGUGGCUCAAAUAAUUCGCAAACUGGAUGAAAAGAAACAAGAGGCCGUAAGACAUGAACGCUAUGACUAUGCCAAGAAACUGAAACAAGCCAUUGCUGAUCUCCAAAAGGUUGGGGAACGACUCGGGCACUAUGAGGUGGAAAAACGCUGCGCUGUUGAAAAUGAGGAAUAUGACUUAGCAAAGCAGAAAAAACAGCAGAUGGAGGAAUACCGCCAAAAAGUUUAUCAACAGUUAGAGCUCCAUGACCUUCUGGAUAUUGCACUAAUACGAAGAGUCUCUGAGACAUCUCUGGAUCCAAUCGAAGAAUCAGUCAGCCCACAGCAGCAGAGAGUAUUGUCAACACCCCAGCCAGAAAAGGAAAGAAGUUCAGAAAAGAAGCCAAAGAAAGAUCAGCCAGCCGUGACGGAAAAGGCGCCAAAAGUUCUCUCUCCCAAACCAAUCCAAGAGCCACGUUCUCCUUCACCUCCCCCAGCUGCCUCACCAGCUCUGGUGGCCCCAAAUAUGGAUGUUGAUUCAUUGCCUUUUGAUGAGAGACCUCUCCCAGCUCAGACAAAAAACAAGGAAGAUGAAUUUAGUUAUCUUGAGCCAGAGCCAGAGAUAAAUGAGGAGCCAACUACUGAUACUCCAAGAACAAGGAUCACCGGUGAACCAGAGCCGCUUACAGAGAAAGCUUUAAGAGAGGCUGGCUUUGCCAUUGAAGUAUUUGGGGAGGGUUUGGUUGCAGGUGCAUACUCCAAAACAUGGUCCUAUAGAGAAGAUGCUUUAAUUGCAGUGUCCAAGAAACUGGCAGAUAUAGCAAAUGGAACUUCAAAGGAUGACCUGAAAAAGAUGCUCAGAGCUGCUAUGUUUCUUGUUCGUCGUGCCAUCAAAGACAAAGUGACUUCAGUUUUCCAGGCUUCUUUGAGACUGCUUAAAAUGAUAAUCACAGAUUAUAUCCCUAAACACAAACUGGGCAAAGGCGAGACCACCCACUGUGUAGAAAAAUGCCUCCCAGACUUGCUGGUUAGAACCGGAGACUCCACUUCACGGCACAGGUUGAUUUCAGCCAACUUCAUUCAGGAGAUGGCUCUUUUCAAAGAAGUUAAGCCACUGCAAAUUAUUCCAGGCCAUUUAGUUCAGCCACUUAAGCCAACAAUGCCCUCUCGCCUGGCCCAGAGCCAAGUGGACCUUCUGGAGAACCUAUUGAAGGAGUUAGGUGUAGAAAGUUCUGGAUUUACAGUUGACAAUGUAAUGAAGUUUUCAGUAGGCGCUUUGGAAUACACCACUUCAGAGGUCCGUGAUAAAGCAGUACAGAUUAUUCUGUAUCUCUACAAGGAACACCCAAGCCAAGUGCUAGCGUAUAUGCCUUCUGAGGAUACCACUGGCCGGAAAAAUAUUUUAUACAAGACUCUGUUUGAGGGAUUUGCCAAAAUAGAUGGCAGACCCACUGAGAGCAAGCUUAAGGCACAGAAAAAGAAAAUGGCAGAAGCAGCAGAAAGGCAGAAGAAGGAGGAGAUCAGAGCUCUACAAGAACAAUUGGCUGCCCUAAAAGAUAUACAAGCUGAGGUUCAAACUGGCAAGGCAAAAGAUGUUCAUGUGAACAAAUCAAAAACAGAUGACCGAAGCAGGAAAGUAGCCUUGUCUCCUAAUGUAGACACGUCUGAUGGGCCUUCCGCAGUUGCUAAUUACUUGGACAACUUGUGUAUCUUCUGUGGGGAAAGCGAUGAAUCCUUCACAGACGAGGGUUUGGAUCUUCAUUACUGGAAGAACUGCCCAAUGUUAAAGCGCUGUGAGCACUGCAAGCAGGUUGUAGAAAUUGCAAGUCUGACAGACCAUCUAUUGACUGAAUGUGAUCAGAAAGAUUCUUUUGGCAAAUGCCAGCGAUGUUCAGAAGCUAUUCAAAAAGAUGUGCUAGCGGAACAUGUAAAAGCCAAGAGCUGUAAUGCUGCAAAAGGAGAAAAGGUUGCAAAUCAUUGUCCAUUAUGCCAUGAAAAUUUCACCCCAGGAGAAGAGACCUGGAAAUCACACCUCAUGGGGAAGGAGGGUUGCAGAAUGAAUCCACGUAGGACACAGGCCUUUCAGAGAACACAACUGAAAUUGCAAGCAGCCAAAGCUCCGGGUUCAACAAUAACUAAAACGGGCACCAGUGGACCAAAACUUCGGGCACCCAUAGCUGGAAGUAGGAUUCCAGCCCCAAGGGCAGGAUUGAAUAAAACUACAAGCAAAGCACCACCAAAACGAUGAAAAUACAGUGGAUUAUUCACUUAAAACCAUAUAUAGAUGGUGUUGUCCCAAUGAUAACUUAAUUACCUUACAUAAUUGAGUUAAACAACAUUAAUCUUUAGUAUAUGUGUGUCUCCAGAUCUAGCAGUUUCAUCAGCAAUACCUAAUUUGAGGUCUUCUCUUUCAUGUUGAUUGCUUUUUUCUACUGUUAUGUAUAAUCAUGAGUUUUACAAAAACUGUAUUUAUCCGCACUACCAGGUCUGCAUGUACAACCCAAGAGGGCCAAUGAGGACUCACAGGGAGGAUAGGUAUGAACGACACUUGCUGGGCAUGUGGCGGCAGUCGUUGGGUUGCAUGGGUCUUGCCAGAGGGCCCUGCACAGUGGUUCAUGACUGUAUAUGCUCAUUAUACACACAGCUCUUGGCUACCACUGCUUCUACAGGAAGGAGACCCCUCCAGUUUGGAAGCAGAAUCUUUCAUCUAAUAAUUACCUAGUUGGCGGGGGUGCUUAGACAGGUGCUCUUGGCCUCUAAAGGAGAAGGAAAGUUGGUAUUUACUUGAGGGUGCCGAAAGUUAGGCACCCCAUUAGUGAUUAUAUAUACUUACCUGACACCGUGGGCCGAUGCUCCUAUCAGCCGAAAACUGCACCGUUCCGAGGGUUCUUCCAGCGAGCAACAGGGAGUGAUCAGCUUCCUUCUUCUUCUUUCACAUGGGUAGUAGUGCGAAAAGCUGAAUUGCAAUGAAGAAGUCGGCUAUUUCAUUCUACUGCGCUUGCGUCUGCCUUGGGAAAUUUGAAGAAAGAAGAAGAAGGAA